CGGAUUUAUGUACGGGAACACCCCAAGUUUGACGAUCAGAUAGCCGAUCAGAACUUAGGUGCAGCUUCUCGGCUCAAAGCAACUGGAUCACUAGCAACAUAAUUUUGUCCCUCCCUGGGGAGAUAUAAGAAUUCGGAAGUAAUUUUGUUCUCUUGGCUCGGUGGUGAAAUUUCGCGAGAACCAUGUUGGCACGUUUACAGAAGCAAGCUCAAGAUAUGUUUGUCUUAGUUUGUUAAUACCCAAGCUUGACCUUUCCUUCUUGCUUUCAACAACGCGCUGGUGCCUGACUUGGCCAUUGCCUCUGUAAUUUUAUGUUUCAGUUAAGAGGUAAGAUAGAGGGAAGUUAUGCGGGAAAUCUUGAGGAAGAAAGAAAGGGCUUUUGGUUUUGGAAUUCGAAGGGUAAAAUCUCAGCAAUUAAGAGAUAGAGUCUUCCUACUUUAGUUGGAAUAUAGAGCUGGGGAGAAAGUCUAGGAGGCUUGUGGAGGAAUGGAGAGUGGGAGUAGUGUUAGUGGUAUUAAUAGCAUAGAUAGCAAUGAGGGAAAGGCUUUUCAGGCAAUGCGAAUAGGGAAUCCAUUUACUUUCAAAGUGGGACAAGUAUUUACAGGUUUUGGCAUCGGCUGUGGUGCAGGAAUCGGUGUUGGCCGCCCUAUAAAUUUAGGUGCUAUACCCAUGCUGAAUCAAGUAAUGAGUGCCACCAGGGGAGCAACUGAUGCAUUUUCUGGUGUUAGCAGACAUGUAAACAGUUCUUUGAGGAAGUUAGGAGCUAAGAAAGUUGAAGUGGGCAUUGGAUGUGGAGUUGGUUUUGGUCAUGGCUUUGGAGUUGGCCUUGCUGUGAAACCCGGCGUGUUGCAUCAAAUUCAAACUAAUCUUAUAAUAGCAAUGAUGAAGAUGAUGAUAAAGCUUGGAAUUGCCCCCAAACUGCCCUUUGGUCGGGGUGCCUUGCCAUCAUCCUUGCAAAGUAGCAUUGGCAUGAUCAAUGCAGCAUCAAACCAAACAUCUAUGGGAAACAUGAUGCAGCUGGCAACAAAAGCACUAGACCAAACAUCUCAAGGCCAAACAGGGUCUCAACCUAUGCAAAUUGGUUCAGUUUCUGAAAAUGCACCAUUAAAAGGCAUAGCAGUUGACUCUGCUUUUGGCAGUCGAACUGAGAAGGUUCUCAAUGACUUUAUGCAAAAUCCAUUGCUGAAGGGUGAGGGAGAUGCAAAUGAUGAAGGGGCCAGGCGAUUGCAAUCGGAGAAUGACAUACUUAAGAUGGUCUUGAAGCACCAGAAAAUUAUUGAAGAACUGGUGGAGGAAAACGAGAAGCUUCGCCAGAUACUGUUGGAAGACCUGAAAAUACCAUCUAACAAGCUCCAUGCAAGUUCUUCAGUUAGAGAUAAGUUGCCCUGUAUUGAUUGUAUUGAGUGCCGAAGAAAGCAAAGAAAAACGUAGGUUAAAGUAUAAGAAGAAACGAUGAGCUCAUUAAAAGUGCUUACCUUACCAACCAUUCCUCGUGACAGCCUUUCAUGUUUUUGCCUUGCUCUGUAGUGUGUGCUUUGUAGUCCCCAACGCCCAUGUAAGGGUUUCUCAUCAUUGUUCAUUGUUUAUUCGUUACAACUUACAUGAUACUGUAUCAGUACAAGCUACCAUUGCCGGCCAUUCUUCACGAGAACAAAAAUAGAAUUUUUUUUUUUGGCCAUUGAACAAAUAAUUUUCUGUGGUCCAACCAAGUACAUUGUGGGAAGUGAUCAUUAGGUCUGCACACAGCACGCAAAAACUCAAGGAGGCAACGAGAGAACUUUUAUAUGUGUGACAGACUUUACCAACAAAGGCGGCAGGAGAGGCCAAUUUCUUUGUUAAAGAUCAACAACUUAUCAAUGAUCCGUCGAAUUGUGGUUUUGACUAUAUUCUUGCACAAGGCACGCUAUUUGUUCAAGUUACCGUGUCUCAUAUUUGUGUGCCUGCCUGCGUUCAAGUUAUUCCGUCUGAGUCUGGCAUUUUCUGUUGAUCCCUCUAUGGUUUUAAAAGAGAAUACUUUCUCUCUCUAUUAGUUUCUUUUCUUCAUGCUUAAGAUAUUACUGGCCUACUUUUAUAAUUUUGGAUGAAAAUGCAUUUUUGUUUC